AUGAGUCUCUUUCGGAAUCUAUUGACACUGGUGUUGGUGAUUAGUGUUUGUGGUUGUUGUUUCGAAGGAGUGUCUGGUCAAGAAUGUUUCAAUACCAAGGAUGAACUGAGUCAAGCCAUUGUCGCGUACAUGGCGGACAAGUCGGCUACCUCGGAAGUGGCGAGCAAGUACGGUCAUCCCAUUGGAAAUUGGUGUGUCUCGAGAAUUACCGAUUUCUCGGGAUUGUUUGCCAACCAAGGAGCCUUUAAUGAAGAUUUGGUAGGAUGGGAUACCUCCUCUGUUACCAACAUGGAAGGCUGCUUUGAACGCUGCGUGUCCUUUUUCGGUCAGGUCCAAUCCUGGGACGUUUCCAAAGUCACAUCGUUCAAAUCCAUGUUCCGACAAUCCCCUCGAUUCACGGGCGAUCUCAGUCAAUGGGAUAUGAGCAAUGCCCGCGAUGUGUCGUUCAUGUUUUACAAUUCCGCAUCCAUUCAAACGGAUCUAUCGAAAUGGAACGUCGGAAAAGUCUUGACGUUUGAAUCCUUUGCAUCGGCCGCGGGAAAUCUCAAUACGGAUAUUAGUGCCUGGGAUAUUUCCGCGGCCAACAAUUUCAUGGACAUGUUUGGACGUGGGGCGGCCAUGGAUAAGAAUUUAUGUGCGUGGGGAGACAAAAUGAAUCGCAAUGCCAAUGUCGAAAACAUCUUUGGCAGUCGCGAUUUUACCGCUUCCAAUUGUCCCAAUCCAUUUGAUCCCAGUUUUGAUGUCCGACCACCGGGACCGUUUUGUCACAAUUGUGGUGCAUCUAACGAGCAGAGUCUGGACAAUACUGCCACCAAUAUGGACGGGAGUACCAUAAUUACCACACCGGCCCCGGCGCCGCCGCCCGAUACGACGACGGAAAUGACCAUUUACGAUGUGGAAGAUACUGUGGAUGCAAGCAAUGAAGCAGACAACAACAACAAUGAUUCAUCUGGUGGUACUAUUUGGCGGUUGUCAUCAUGGACCAUUGUUCCAUUCCUACUACUUUUGCUAACCUGGCAAUGGUAG